GGUACUUGAGUUAGAUAAAUGCGAAGAACUUAAAUAUCUUCCAGAGAUCCCAGCCAGUGUGACAACCUUGAGUAUACAUGGAUGCAGAUCACUCGAGCGGUUAUCAAAUUUACCAAACAUAUUGACAACAUUGGAUUUUCUUGCAUUACGUUGCAACAAACUAAUUGAGGUUCAGGAAAUGUUCCAGCUAAAAUGCAUUUCUUUAUUUGAUGAUGACUUAAUCAGCGUUCUGGGUUUACCCAACUUGACGUUCUUGAGUGACACUAAGGCGGAUCUCUACAACAACCUGACUCUUUCAAGGUGGAAAGGUCCUAUACAGGGCCUCUAUGAAUUUGGCAUAUUCAGUACUUCUGUCCAUGGAAGUGAGGUUCCAGACUGGUUAAGCUACAAUGCUAAAGGGUCGUCCUCAAUCAGUUUUGAUGUGCCUAAUCAUGACAUUCAGGGUUUAAACUUAUAUGUUAUCUAUGGAAAUGCCAGCAUAUCUUAUUGUACAAGGAGAAAUAAAUUUUGGAAUGAGUUUCAUGUUAGAGUGGCAAAUAUGACCAAGGAUCUGAGAUGGACAUACAGUCCAAUCAUUCAUGGUGUUCCAGAUAUUGAUGAAGAUAUCAAAUGGCAAUGCUAUUGGGAAAUAGGAGAUCACUUGGAUCCUGGAGACUCUAUGAGCAUUUCAGUUACUCUAUAUUCUGGUGUUCGGUUGAAGGAAUUUGGCGUCCACAUUGUGUAUAAGCAAAAUGAGAACAAUUUGAGAUGUAAAGCAUCAUCUCCUCCUGCACACCAUCUCAUUAAUGGGGUGGAUAACUCUGCAUAUCAGGUUCAAGGCUCCUACUUCCUCUGUCAUCAUGACUUUGAUAUUCAGCAAAAUUAUUUCACUUAUGGGUGGAAUUCAACGGGCUGGUAUGACUUCUUCUUUGGUGAUAAUUCUGAAGAUAUUCCGGAGGAAAUGGUUCCCCAUCACAUUGCAGAUAUGACCAGCGAGAAUGUCUAUGGACUUGUAUCUGGAGUGGAGGAUGAUAAAACAUGGCAAUUGCCAUGAUGCUGGAUUGCUGGUGUGGAGCGCUAAGGUUUUCUAAAUCAUGAUAUGAUCCAGUACCAUUCAUUAUUUUUAUGCAAAAGGGAAGAGGUGAAAAUUUAGAUAGUCAACCAGUUG